AUGUCGAGCCUCUUUUCGAGCAUCUCGAAGCUCGUCAGCGGUGGGCCAUCUCUUGCUUACACGGUCGGGGAGGAGCCAUACAGCCAGGCAUGGGGAUGCUGGACGCACUACCCCGCGACCUCGAAGGAGGACGGCAGCCCCGCGUCUGUAUUCAAGCUGAUUGCGGCCGAUCCUAAUGACCGCAAGCUGGCGGCAGCGCGCAACGGUGUCAAGCGUCUGCGCAUGCUGCGCCACCCCAACGUCCUGUCCUUCAAAGACAGCCUGGAGGCGCAGGAGAAGGGCGGCACCGCCAUUUACCUGGUAACAGAACCGGUGAAGCCCCUGGCCAUGGUGCUGCGGGAGCUCGACCUGUCGGGCACCCACAGGCCGCGCCAGCAGCGGCGCGGCCACGGCCGGCCUGCGUCCGGCACCGCGGCCAAGGGCUGA